AUGAAGGCACCUGAAAGGACAGCAGUGAAUUUUGAUUCACAGCCACUACAGGUUGCGGAGAGCCCGAUUUGCAUUCCCGGUGGAGACGCCGCAGAUAUCAUGGCCGCACAUCGAACGUCACGCCACAUUGACUUUGUGGAUGACGGCAAACUCUUUGAGGGUCACUUCACCCUCCAUACAAGGGGCCUGAAAUCACUCAUUCAACUCCUUGUGGAUCAGCAGUCGGAACAACGUGUUAUCAUCAAUGAUCUUCAAGAUCAACUGAACAUGCUGCGUCAACAAACAACAAAGAUGCGCAAGGCAGCCACGGCAUCGACUGCUUUCGCUUCCCGAAGCAGUAAUGUUAGCUCCGGGUCGGCUUUAAAGGAGGUGGACGACCUUCGCCGUCGCGUAAAGCAACUUGAGGGCUUCCAGGCAUUGUGGGGGCUGCGCGCCACAGAAGUGGAAAACCUAAUAAGCACCUACGGGGAUCCUGUAGUGACUCCAGAGGAGUACACGGCAUGCCUCUUGAACCUGAAGCCCUUUCGUAUGCUGCGAAGUGAUACGCGCAACUCCAUUGUUACCCAGAUUGAGCGUCGCCAAUCUAUAACCGCACGUACAUUGCCCGAGGAGAGAAUAGGCAGGGUUCACGGCGCUCGGGAUCGCAGUGCCCGUGAUGACUCCCGUGGUGCUCGUGAUCGCAAUGCACGGGACGACUCUCGCAAUGCCCGUGAUGAAUCUCGUGUUGCCCGUGAUGACUCCCGUGGUGCUCGUGAUCGCAAUGCCCGCGGGGAUGAUCACCAUGCUCGUGAUGCACGGGACGAAUCUCGUGGUGCUCGUGAUCGCAAUGCUCGUGAUGACGCUCGUGAAGCCCGUGAUGAAUCUCGUGGUGCUCGUGAUGAAUCUCGCAAUUUGCGUGACCGCAAUGCUCGUGGCCGCAAUGCUCCUGAGGAUUCUCGCGGUGGCCGGGAGGAGGCACAUUUCAAGCAUGAUGAUGAGGGUGAUAAUUUUUCGGAACUGACAUGUCGCGUGGAGGCGUUGGAGCGAAAACUGGGGAGGGGAAGUACCGCAACACACUCUUCACGUCACGCGAGCAAUGCGGCUCCGCGGUCUUCUGUGUCCUCAGGGGAGGUGGUGGACGAGCAAGCACGGGAAGACCUUGAGGAACUCGAGCGGUUUGUUAUCCGACGCUUCAAGGAGGUGGAACGAUCGCUAUCUAAGUCCCGAGACGCCACUCCAGCCUCUGCCACUUCUGCUGCUGGUGUUGCUGCUGCCUCCACCGCUGUGAAGGGCAGCGGGCAGCCCGUCGGGAGGUAUGAAAAGUCGCCCGCACGGUACCCCACAGGGCCACCCGAAACGGGUAGCUCUGCCACCAACAUCAGCACCAAGAAUAAUGAAAACAACAACGAUGUUAGUGGUGUCAGCGAUAUGAGGUCACGCAGGGAAAGAAAGCCUCCAAAGGACGGCGGGGUGGUGGAUCAGGUCGCCCGAGAGGACGCCUUCGCGGCACUGGAUCAUGUGGAACAGCUUGAGAAGUUUGUCAACAGGAAACUCAAGGAAUUUUCUCUUGCUCUUGGCAAAGGAAUGGGGCCUGGCUCCGUGCGUCCUGCUGGGGAGAGCGAAGUUCCCAGCUCUGUCGAGCAUAAGCCACAAGGACCGAUGAUUGACCAGAUGGCUCGCGAUGAUGCUGCCCGUUCGCUCGAGAUUGUGCAAGAGCUAGAGGAGGACCUGGGGAGGCGAUGGCAAUCUCUGGAAGAGCGCCUGCGAAUCAUUGGUCGUGCGACAAUGAACAAAGGGUCCAUCGCCUCUGCCACUAACGCAUUGAUCGACCGAAAAGCACGCGAGGACGCUUCCAUGUCACUCAUGCGGAUUCAACAAAUUGAACGGGAAAUCGUUGGGUUCCGGCGCUUGCUUCAGCGGCAGAAAAUUCCUGCGGCCUCUGAAGAAACAGGACUCUCUGAUACAAGGGGGUCUAGUGGUGUCAUGUUCCCAUCUCCCCCAAAGCUGCAGCGCCAAAUAACUCUUCAACCGAUGGUUGGUGGUGGCGUUGGUAAUGUUGCUGUGGACAACGCUGCGGGGACGGGUGAUGCGGAGUACCAUACACAUAUGCAGAAUCUGGAACAGGAGGUGGAACUGCGCAUGGAAGAAGUAAACCGUGCUCUCGCCACACUCCGUUCGGCGCGACCUAAUUCUGGGUUCAGUGAACUUUCCGAUGGGAAAGGCGCCCUCCUCGAUAAUAUUACUUCUAUUCCAGGCCAAGUUGUCAUCAACUCCAAAGAGACUGAUGAGUUGGGUCUUAUGGGUAUGCAUUCACCCUUACUUCCCACUCAAAUGUCUCACACUGGGUUGUUGGUGAUGACAUCGCAUGAAGCUGCAGGGCAGGGCCCCAUAACAAAUGUAGGGGAGCCCGGAAAGGCCGAUGCAAUAUCGCUCCGCCCGCCUCAGAUGGGCGCCUUUAGUGCCCCACUGGUGACACGCGAGGUGCAGAGAGAGCCACAAUCAGCCUCACCUGAUGCGCUAGCAAUGACCGCCGCGGGGCUAAUUCGAGAAGAGCAGCAGCAGCAACUGCUGCAGAAAAGAGGACAACGUAGCGCUGGUUCCGACAGAUGGCGAGGUGGUGAUGCCGUUUCGCUUACUUUGGAAGAUGCCGGUGGUGACGCGACGGCAGCGGAGGUCGCUGCAAUGUCACACCUGCUGAGCCUCAAGCAGCUGCGGAGCGAAAGCGCGCGUGUGGCGCCGCGAAGCCGCGCUGGUGAACUCGACGAGCUCCGGUCACACAGCGUGCGCUUGCGUGACAUGAGCAUGGGCUCCCCGGGAAGAAUGGAAGGAGGCUUCUCAGCCGAGCCGAGCGCGCUGGGGCAUACCACACCUUGUGUUGUGUACAACUGCGCGUGGUGCGCCGCACAGAAGCGGGCAGCUGCGCCGAUGACUGCGCGUCCCUUGCGUUAG